AUGGGCUACCCUAGCAGCUUUUGCAGUGCGUGUGGCUACGUGUCGUCUAAAGUUAGGUGUAUCAUUUCCUGCUUUUCUGGGGCAAAUGGCAUCCAUCGGCCAGAUCCCAGUGGCUUCGAAGGCCUUCAAUAUGAGGCUCUCUGUGAAGGAGGAUAUCCAGGCGCUCCAGAAGAGCGGGAAGAAGUCCCCUUUCUUGAUUGGAACAAGGCCUUGAGCCUUAUGGAGAUGGUUAGUGAGCUCGUUAGAGUAGGCUUGAGAGAGUGGCUUGAACAGCACUACAUCAAGCGGCUGGAGCGUGUGAGUUGA